AUGGUUGUGAUGGUGUCUUGGAUAGAGAAAGUACAAGAAAAGAUUACAAGUGUGGAAGAUGUGUACAUGGGCAAUGUAUGCCAAGCUGGGGCAAAGCAGGCACCCACUCGACAAGCUGCACUCUUUGCAGGGCUGGACAAAGGCACUCCCUGUACCACUAUCAACAAGGUGUGUGCCUCAGGAAUGAAAUCCAUAAUGAUGGCAUCACAAUCUCUCAUGUGUGGGUCACAGGAAGUCAUGGUAGCUGGUGGUAUGGAGAGCAUGUCAAAUGUCCCAUAUUACAUGAUGAGAGGUGAUUCACCCUAUGGAGGAGUCAAGCUUCAUGAUGGCAUUGUGUAUGAUGGCCUCACAGAUGUCUAUAACAAAUUCCACAUGGGCAACUGUGGGGAGAACACAGCUAAGAAGCUAAACAUUACACGCAAUGAACAGGAUGAGUAUGGUAUGCUGAGCUACAAACGAUCUGCUGAAGCAUGGGCGAGUGGAGCCAUCAGAGAUGAGAUGGUGGAGGUCACCAUCCCAGGCAAACGAGGGAAACCUGAUGUUGUUUUCAAGGAAGAUGAAGAGUAUAAAAAGGUCAACUUCGAUAAGUUUAAGAAACUCGCUACUGUUUUCCAGCGUGAAGGAGGCACAGUCACUGCAGGAAAUGCAUCCACACUCAAUGAUGGAGCAGCUGCAUGUCUACUAAUGACUGCCAAAGCUGCAGCUCAACAUGGAGUGAAGCCUCUUGCCCGAGUUGUUGGAUUCUGUGAUGCUGCCACUGAUCCUAUCGACUUCCCUAUUGCCCCAGCCCUUGCAACGCCAAAACUGCUGGAAAUGACUGGUGUAAAAUCAGAUGAUGUUGCAAUGUGGGAAGUCAAUGAAGCUUUCUCUGUGGUAGUUUUGGCUAACAUCAAAUUGUGUGACCUUGACCCAUCUAAAGUCAAUAUCCAUGGAGGGGCAGUCUCACUAGGUCAUCCCAUUGGCAUGUCUGGAGCUCGUAUCGUUGUUCACCUGGCACAUGCUUUGAAGCCAGGCCAGAAAGGUGUGGCUUCAAUUUGUAAUGGUGGAGGAGGAGCUUCUGCUAUCAUGAUUGAGAAGCUGUAAGUGCACCAUCCCAAAACCUCCAGUAAGCCAACUGUGACCCUCUUUACGAAGAACCCUUGUCCUCUAUGUGAAGUUGCACUUGAGGUUUUAGAACCACUGAGAGACCAGUUUAAACUUGUUGAGGUGGAUAUAACUGCACCAGGCAAUGAAAAAUGGUUUAAUUUGUAUAAGUAUGAAAUCCCAGUGUUUCACUUUGAAGGCCAGUUCUUGAUGAAACAUAGAGCAGAUUUUAAUUUGUUACAUCAAAAAAUUAUUGAAUUUCAAAAAAGUUAACAGUGGUUUAGGUAUACUUUUCACAGUAAGAUUAAAUGGUAUCACAUGUCAUAACCUGGACAAAAAAUAAUUAUUUUUGCAUUAAAAAAAAAAAAAAAAAAAAAAAAAAAAAAAAAAAAAAAAAAAAA